UCUGCCCAGGUUGAAGCCUCGCAGGAUGGUGCAGGACCUUCGUGUGUGAACCCCCGGGCUCUGAGCGGUGCUGCCAGGCCCCAGGCCCCUCUGGAGAUGAAUCUUUGCUGGAACGAGAUCAAAAAGAAAUCCCACAGCCUUCGGGCUCGGCUGGAGGCCUUUUCUGACCACAGCGGGAAGCUGCAGGUGCCUCUCCAGGAGAUCAUAGACUGGCUGGGGCAGAAGGAUGAGGAGCUCUCAGCACAGCUGCCCCUGCGGGGCGAUGUCCUCCUGGUGCAGCAGGAAAAGGAGACGCACGCGGCUUUCAUGGAAGAAGUGAAGUCUCGGGGACCGUACAUUUACUCUGUCCUGGAGUCAGCACAGGCUUUCCUUUCCCAGCACCCGUGUGAGGAAUUAGAAGAACCAACUUCAGAAAGCAAAGAUGUCUCUCCCCGGCACCGGAUCCAAAACAUCAGCCGCUUUGUCUGGAAGCAGGCGAACGUGGCCAGUGAGCUGUGGGAGAAGCUCACGGCUCGGUGCGUGGACCAGCACCGGCACAUCGAACGGACACUGGAGCAGCUGCUAGAGAUCAAAGGGGCCAUGGAGGAGCUCAGCAUGACACUGGAUCAGGCUGAAAGUGUGCGUGAAACCUGGGAACCCAUUGGGGACCUCUUCAUAGACUCCUUGCCAGAGCACAUCCAGUCGACUAAGCUGUUCAAAGAGGAGCUCUCCCCAAUGAAGGAUGGGGUGAAAGUGGUCAAUGAUCUCGCACACCAGCUUGCCAUCUCAGAUGUCCACCUCUCCAUGGACAACUCCCGUACCCUGGAGCAGAUCAACACCCGCUGGAAGCAGCUGCAGGCCUCCAUAAACGAACGCCUGAAGCAGCUCCAAGAUGCCCACCGGGACUUUGGACCAGGCUCCCAGCACUUCCUUUCCUCCUCUGUCCAAGUCCCCUGGGAGCGAGCCAUUUCCCCCAACAAAGUGCCAUACUACAUCAACCACCAGGCCCAGACAACCUGCUGGGACCACCCGAAGAUGAUGGAGUUGUACCAGACGCUGGCGGAUUUGAACAACAUCAAGUUCUCAGCGUAUCGGACAGCAAUGAAACUGCGACGGGUGCAAAAAGCGCUGCGAUUGGACAUGGUGACCCUGGCCACAGCCUUGGAGAUCUUCAAUGAGCACGACCUGCAGCCCAGUGACCGGGCAAUGGACGUGGUGGAGGUCAUCCACUGCCUGACUGCCCUCUACGAGCGGCUGGAGGAGGAGCGGGGCAUCCUGGUGAACGUGCCACUCUGUGUGGACAUGAGCCUGAACUGGCUGCUGAAUGUCUUUGACAGUGGCCGCAGCGGGAAGAUGAGGGCUCUCUCCUUCAAGACGGGCAUUGCAUGUCUGUGCGGAACAGAGGUCAAGGAGAAGUUUCAGUAUCUCUUCAGCCAAGUGGCGAAUGCCGGAGGACUGUGUGACCAGCGCCAGCUUGGCAUCUUGCUCCAUGAGGCCAUCCAGGUCCCACGCCAGCUGGGGGAGGUGGCGGCGUUCGGGGGCAGCAACGUGGAGCCCAGCAUCCGCAGCUGCUUCCGCUUUAGCAACGGGAAGCCGGCCAUCGAGGCAUCCCAGUUCCUGGAGUGGGCCAACCUGGAGCCGCAGUCCAUGGUGUGGCUGGCUGUGCUGCACCGGGUGACCAUGGCUGAGCAGGUGAAGCACCAGACCAAGUGCUCUGUCUGCCGGCAGUGCCCCAUCAAAGGCUUCAGGUACCGGAGCCUGAAGCAGUUCAAUGUGGAUAUUUGCCAGACUUGCUUCCUCACAGGGCGAGCCAGCAAGGGCAACAAGCUGCACUACCCCAUCAUGGAGUACUACACCCCGACCACGUCCAGUGAGAACAUGAGAGACUUCGCCACGACGCUGAAGAACAAGUUUCGGUCCAAGCAGUACUUCAGCAAGCACCCGCAGAGAGGUUACCUGCCCGUCCAGUCUGUGCUCGAGGCUGACUUCUCCGAGACACCAGCCUCCUCCCCGAUGUUACCGCAUGCCGACACCCACUCCCGGAUUGAGCACUUUGCCAGCAGGCUCGCAGAGAUGGAAAGCCAGAACUGUUCCUUCUUCAAUGACAGCCUGUCCCCUGAUGAUAGCCUGGAUGAGGACCAGUACCUCCUACGCCAUUCCAGCCCCAUCACCGACAGAGAGCCUGGGGGCAGCCAGCAGGUUCCGGGAAGCCUCAACAUGGAUGACAAGGGAGAGCUGGAGCGAAUCCUGGCCCACUUAGAGGAUGAAAACAGGAUCCUCCAGGGAGAGCUGAGACGUUUGAAAUGGCAGCACGAUGAGGCGGUGGAGUCUCCAACCUUAGCUACAAGCUCCCCUGAAUCAUUGCAAGACCCAUGUAACGAUGAGCUCCUGGCAGAAGCACGAAUCCUCCGGCAGCACAAGAGCCGCCUGGAGACCCGCAUGCAGAUCCUGGAGGACCACAACAAGCAGCUGGAGUCCCAGCUGCACAGGCUGAGGGAGCUGCUGCUUCAGCCUCCAACAGAGUCAGAUGGCAAUGGUUCAGCAAAAAAAACUCCUCAUCAGUCUGAAGGCAGCCAGGCGAAGAAGAAACAGCACAACACCCCUGACACCGAGGCUGCAGAGGAGGUGGAAGCCAAAACCCAGGAAGUCAGCAUGUGUCUGGAGGACAUCAUGGAGAAGCUGCGGAGCGCCUUCCCCAACUCUCGAGGUACUCGAAUGAAAUCCUCCUCUCUGGCCUCUUACUGCUCCCUCAGAUGA